AUGCAAGGGGGGCGAGCGCCGACGUUCCGACGGACCAGAAUCGUCUGCCUCGCAGACACGCACAAUGCCACCGUCAAGCUGCCCAAGGGCGACGUCCUCAUCCAUGCGGGCGACCUCACGAACCAAGGCAGCUAUUCCGAGCUCUCCAAAGCCGUCAAGUGGCUAGAAGCAGCGGACUUUGAAGCCAAAAUCGUCAUCGCGGGAAACCACGACAUCACGCUCGGCGCCGACUUUUACUCGCAGCACGGCGCCGGCUUCCACAACCAGAACCGUGCGUCCCCAGGGGACUGCGUCAAGCUCCUCACGUCGUCGCCGUCGAUAACGUACCUCGAGCACGAGUCCACGACCGUCCAGCUGCGCUCGCCGACGGGACCGCACACCCGCUUCAAAGUGUUUGGAUCGCCGUACUCGCCGCGCCGCGGCCAUUGGGCCUUUUGCUACGACGCGCCUGCAGAUUCCAGCGACGCGCGGCUCACCAGGAUCUGGGACGGCAUCCCCGCAGACGCGGAUAUCGUGGUGACGCACACGCCCCCACGAGGGUACGGCGACGCGACCAGCCAGCAGGGAUUGAGGGGCUGCGAGGCUCUCCGACGAGCGCUGCGGCGGGUUCGGCCGCGGCUCGCCGUCUGCGGGCACAUCCAUGACGGCCGGGGCGCGCGGCGAGUGAGGUGGGACGGAGGUCCCGAAGGCGCGUCUGCUGCUGCGUGGGAGGAUCCUGGGCUCGGAAACAACAACAACAAUAAGGUGAGCUUGCUGGAUCUUACGUCGAAAACUACCGCUUUAGCCCCAGGCGAGACGUGUGUGGUCAACGCCGCUGUCAUGAAGAGCAGGUAUCCUCACAGGGGCGGCAAGGAGUUUAACAAGCCCAUCGUCGUGGAUGUAGACUUGCCGGUGUGGGCGGAGGAAAGGCAAGAACGCGUCGAUGGUUGA